GCGUCCAUUAAAAUUGUCAUCUUGGCUGUUUUGCUGACUGUGGUUGCCGCUCAUCGCAAACAUUAUCCCUGGAGGAAGCAUCAUGAAGGCAGGGGACGUAGUGGACACGGUGGAUCCACAGAAGUCAGUAUAUCCGGACCUCUGGUUUCUUUAGAUUUCCUUGCAAAAGGAAUAAAUCAUAAGAAAUGCGGACAGUCCGGAGGGAUUUUAGCCGAACUGUCAAAUCACAAACACGCCGAAAGUUGGGACGAUGGUCUAAACAUAGUUGUUGGAGCUGGGAAAGCGGCUGGACUCAUUCUCGAUGGAUGGCUGCCUGGGUUGGGAUCAGCAUUACAUAAAAUGUGCCUCGGCGCUAUGAGAAUGGAGUUCUGCGUCUCCACGAGCCACUACAAGAAAUUAUUGAAAGGUCGUCAGCUAGGGCUCUGCAAGCGAGACUUCGGGCAGAAGUGGGGCUGCAAGAAGUACACAGGCGACUUCGCGAAUUACGCUGAAGUAAUAAAGUUCUACGAACUCAAUGAGAUAUGGAAGCAGAUCGAAGAUAUCCUGAAGAAGAAUUCUUACUCUCAUUGGAGAUCUGUUCAAGGAGCCCCUAAGGUCAUCAUAUCAACUAUACUCGACCUCGCAGCUAUAUUCAAACAGGACGCUGGAUCUUGGAAACAGGAGGUUAUUGAAACCGUCGUCGAAAAAUUGGCCAUAAUUCUUGGCGCUUUGGGCAAGUCGUAUCAUCCUGAAUUGGGCCCCUAUGUGUCUGAAGGAUUCAUUGACUACUUCAAGAACUUAGAAUCGAAGUACAGCCUUAAGCUUUCAAGUCGCAUCGCGGAUAUCAAGAAAAUCAUCACUCCAAUACAGAAGCAUCGUCUAAACGAAGCAUUAUUCGAGUGUGAAGACUCGGAAUUCAACAAAGAUGAUGAUGAUAGUAAAGAAAGCGAUAGUGAGGUUGGUACUGCCGGGUCCGGUGUAAGUAAGGAGGGCAGUCAAAAUAACACAAAGAAAGAUAAGGACAAUGAAAAGAAAAGUAAGGAGAAUGAUUCUAGUAAAGGAAGUAAUGAUAAUUCUGAAAGCAAAUCUGACGGUUCUAGCCAGUCAGGUAACUCCUCGUUCUCCAAAAGUGGCAAAUCUGACGGAUCUAGUCAAUCUAAAAGCUCCUCAUACUCUAAAACUGAAAAGUCUAAUGGAGAGUCAGAGAGCAAUUCGUAUUCGAAAAGCAAAAGUUCUGACAAAUCUAGCCAUUCAGAAAGCUCCUCAGACUCUGGAAGUAAAGCCUCUGAGAAUUCCAGUAAAUCAUCAUCCUCUGCUACUUCAAAAACUGAAGGUAAUAACAAAUCUAGUACAAAAAGUUCCUCAAAAUCCAAGAGCGAAAGUUCCGAUGAUUCUGACCAGUCGAAAAGCUCUUCAAACGCUGAAAGCCAAAGUUCUACCACUACUGGUGGAAAAUCGAAGUCAUCUAAAAACGGAAAUUCUGACGAAAGUUCUAGCAAAGAAUCUGGCACGAGUCAAACAAAAAGCUCUGCUAAAUCUGAAGCUAAAACUGGCAGUGCCAUUAGCAAAUCAAAAACUGAAGCCUCAUCGCAAACUCAAAGUGAAUCGAAAAACUCUUCUAACACCCAAACCUCUAAAGAUAAAAAGUCAAAUCACAAAGACAGAAACCAACAAACUAGUACUCAAAAGGACAAGAAUUCAAAAACACAAGAAUCGGAAAAAGUAAUUUCAUCCAGUAAGGACAACAGGGGUAAAGCUACUAAAUCCAGUGACAAAGAUGACGACUCUAAGAACAUAGAAGAUAAGAGUAAUAAGAGUAAUAAAAACUCUGGCACUAACGAUAAAAAGUCCGGAAGCGAGAGUUCCGGUUCAAAGCAUGAAGGAUCGAGCCAAACUGGAUCUUCCCACAAAAAGCAUGGUGACAAAAAAGAUCGGAAAGAUGACAACAAUGGCAAAUCGCGUGAUGAUGACAAUGAUUCCUAUAUAUCAGGGAAUAACGGUUCUAAAUCUGGUAAAGACGCUGACGACGAUUCUGAUAAAAAAGAUAAACACUCAGGCAAGGACAACAAGUCAGGAAAUAACAGUUCUAAAACUGGUAAAGACGCUGACGACGAUUCUAAUAAACGAGAUAAACACUCAGGUAAAGGAAACAAGUUAGGAAAUAACAAUUCUAAAUCUGGCAAAGACGAUGACGACGAUUUUGAUAAACGAGAAAAGCACUCGGGUAAAGGAAACAAGUCAGGAAAUAACAGCUCUAAAUCUGGUAAAGACGCUGACGACGAUUCUGAUAAACGAGAUAAGCACUCAGGCAGGGACAACAAGUCAGGAAAUAAUAGUUCUAAAUCUGGUAAGGAGGCUGACAAUGAUUCUGAUAAACGAGAUAAGCACUCAGGCAAGGACAACAAGUCAGGAAAUAACAGUUCUAAAUCUGGUAAGGAGGCUGACAAUGAUUCUGAUAAACGAGAUAAGCACUCAGGCAAGGACAACAAGUCAGGAAAUAACAGUUCUAAAUCUGGCAAGAAGGCUGACAAUGAUUCUGAUAAAAAAGAUAAACACUCAGAUAAAGGCAACAAGUCAGAAAAUACCGGUUCCAAAUCUCGCGAAGAGAGCGACUUUGAUUCCGAUAAGAAAGAUAAGCACUCAGGCAAGGACAACAAGUCAGGAAAUAACAGUUCUAAAUCUGGUAAAGAGGUUGACUUUGAUUCUGAUAAACGAGAUGAACUCUUAGACAAAGGCCAAAAAUCAGGAAAAAACUAUUCCAAAUCUCGUGAUGAAAGCGACAAUGAUAAUUAUAAAACUACAGGCUCUGAUAAAGGUAAUAAUACAGGUAGCACGAAAAAAUCCAAAAAUGAAGAAUCCAGCAAAUCAAGCAGUACUUCCAACUCUUCUAGCUCUUCCAGUAAACAAGGAUCUAAAAGUCAAAGUUCCGCAUCUGCAUCCAGUGAAAGCAAAUCCGAUAAGGUUAACAAUGAUAAAACUGGAGGCAACAAAGAGUCUAAAAAAGGUAAUAAGAAAGGCGCAAGUAAAGGAGAUAAUAAAGGACAUAAAGACUCAGGCGCAGGAAAGAACAAAGGUUCCGAUGAUGAUGUGCGUGAAGGACGGCUCCAAUGUAGAAAGGGUCAAAGCAAGGAUAGAUCUGGCAAGAGAGGACCGAAACAUAAUAAAUCUGGAAGUCAAGAUAAAGACAAUAAAAUAAAACAGGGAUCUAAUGAUUCAGAAUCCAAAACAGGCAAUGGAUCUUCCAAAAAUCAGGGUUCUAAAACGUCAAGUCCAUCAUCCAGUUCUUCCAAUUCUAAGCAAGAAUCAGUAGAAAGUAUCAGUAAAUCACAAAGCUCUUCUAAUUCUAAAGACGGAUCAGUAGAAAGUGAGAGUAAAGCACAAAGCUCUUCCAAUUCUAAAGAUGGAUCAGUAGAAAGUAAGAGUAAAGCACAAAGCUCUUCCAAUUCUAAAGACGGAUCAGUAGAAAGUAAGAGUAAAGCACAAAGCUCUUCCAAUUCUAAAGAUGGAUCAGUAGAAAGUAAGAGUGAAGCACAAAGCUCUUCUAAUUCUAAAGACGGAACAGCAGAAAGUAAGAGUAAAGCACAAAGCUCUUCCAAUUCUAAAGAUGGAUCAGUAGAAAGUAAGAGUAAAGCACAAAGCUCUUCUAAUUCUAAAAAUGGAUCAGUAGAAAGUAAUAGUAAAGCACAAAGCUCUUCCAAUUCUAAAGAUGGAUCAGUAAAAAGUAAGAGUGAAGCACAAAGCUCUUCUAAUUCUAAAGAUGGAUCAGUAGAAAGUAAGAGUAAAGCACAAAGCUCUUCCAAUUCUAAAGAUGGGUCAGUAGAAAGUAAGAGUAAAGCACAAAGCUCUUCUAAUUCUAAAGAUGGAUCAGUAGAACGUAAGAGUAAAGCACAAAGCUCUUCCAAUUCUAAAGAUGGGUCAGUAGAAAGUAAGAGUAAAGCACAAAGCUCUUCCAAUUCUAAAGACGGAUCAGUAGAAAGUAAGAGUGAAGCACAAAGCUCUUCUAAAUCUAAUACUGACGAGUCUAAGGGAUCAUCCAGGUCUGAAAACGAAGUUUCUGGUGGGUCUAAUCCUGACUCCUCCAAUUCUAAUAACCAAGAAUUAAGCGAUGAUAAUUCUCAAAUUGUCGAUAGUGGAUCGAGUUUAUAUAACCAAGGGGCCAAGGUUGGUAGUUCAUCACCCAUUAUCAAUUCUGAUAAGCAAGAUUCUAGUUCAAAUAAACAAAAAGCCGACAAAGAAGUAAAAGUGAAUAAAAACAGACAUGAAAGUGGAAAUGAUGAGGAGAACGACAAAAGGUCUGGUCACCAAAAUGGCGUGAGUAAAUCCGAACAGAUCAGUUCCGGAAGCUCCUCGCAAAGUAAAACCAAAACAAUUUCUGAUGAAAACAAAUACGAAAUGUCAGAAGUGUCUUCAAGUAAAAACUACGGAAAGUCCAUUAGAAAAGAACACUCGUCGUAUUCCGGAGAAUAUGAAUCUAAACACUGGUCAAAGAGUUCUAGGAGCUCUGAUACUAAAAACUUCGACCAGUCUGAAUAUAGCAAUAAUCACGAAGAAAGCUACGAAUUAAGAAAAUCGCAGCGUAGUUCAAGUUUUAAAUCGAACAAACAAAGUUACGAAGAUAGUAAUGGUUGGCAAUCAGAACGUGAAUAUAAAUCCGCUUUUGAACAAUCAUCAUCCAGUCAAACUUCAGAUGGUGAAUAUAGCGAUUCUAGCUAUACACAGGUAGAAUCGUUUGCAGAAAAUGAAGAGACUGAAUAUGACAGCUAAAAUGGCGCGAAACGGAAAAUAUCGGCCUUAGUUUUUAAUGAGCAAUGGAAAAAUGUGACCAAGUAGUUUAACAAAAAGUAUUUAUGAGAACAUUAUGGUGUAUGUAGAUACUUCGUUACAACUACUCUAAAACUAGGACAAUAUGAAUCAAGGAGUGAAAAAGAAAGAAAUCAAUACUGCUUAUCGAAAAUUAUUUUUAUAUUGAUCUAUAAUCUGUGUACAUACCUAAAUACAAUUCUUAGUGAAUAAUAAUCAUUUUGAUAUAUAUUUCGUGUCUAUUGACCCCGUUUUAACGAUAUUCGAACAGUAAUUUAUGUGUAUACUUUUUAUAAACUGCAUUGGAUUGGUCACGAAAAAAAUGGAACAACAUA